CCCCCCCCCCCGCCCGCCCCGCUUAAAACCCCGAUCCUGAGACUUUCGGGAGUUGCUGAGAAGUUGGCGCAGCGACUGCGGCCCUUCUUGCUUCCGACCUCCCUGCUUCCACAUUCCCGUCCCGAGCCGCUCCGGGUGUGGGCUGCCUUCUGCCCCAGGAACACCUGCUAGCCGGGAGGAGCCCGGGACCACGCGAAGAUCGGGAGCCCCGCCGCUUCUGCCAAUCGCCGAGUCCCCGGCUUCCCUUCUUGGAGGGAUCGCAGACGACUCAGAAGGAAGGACCGAGUCUACUUUGGCAGCAUCGGGAAGAAAAGAGAGGAGCCCCUUCUUCAGCCAGCUCCCAGAGGGUCAUCUUCUACCCCAGCAGGCGAGGUUGCCACCUUUGCAGUUUGUCCGGUGCCCAAGAGGGCGGCCUGGGCUGGGCAUCAUCUGCUGCCAAGAACAUGACUGCCAAGUUGGUGAUUUCCAUGACUGUUUGCUUAAUGCUGGCGCUUCAAGCUCUGGCGAAACAAGAAAGGCUUAUGAAACCUGAAUUGAACAUCAAUCGUGACUAUAUUAUAGUGGAAGCUGGAGAUUCGUUCAGCAUAACUUGCAGGGGCUCGCAUGGCUUGACAUGGCAAGCGGGAGAUGAACAGGUCACCCAGAGCAAGCGGUGGCACAUUCACAAGCAGAAGUGUUCAGACAAGCCAUGGCAUUCCUGCAGCACAAUUGGAGUUAACCGAGCUGUGGCCAAUGACACCGGCUAUUUCAGCUGCUUCUACGACCACCUCCCCUUGGCUGAGGAACUUAGAGCAAAGUUAUAUGUCUUUGUGAAAGAUCAGUCAGAGCCUUUUGUGCAACCCCACCCAAAACAUCCAGACCUCAUCCAUGUGCACAACAAUACGGAUGUGAUCAAUGUCCCAUGUCGUGUCACCUCACCAGAGAUCAAACCGGAGCUGCUGCUGCAUCAAUCUCCUGAGCCUCUCACCUAUGAGAGGAAGGAAUGGGACCCAAAGAAAGGAUUCACGAUCACUUCACCCUCCAUUGAGUUCUUCAGUAAAAUGAUCAAAUGUGUUGCUACAGUUAACGAGGCACAAUAUGAGACAUAUUACUUGACUCAGAAAGUGGAGGUGCGAGUUUGGGAUGUGGUUGUGAAAGCAACUCCCAAAAAACUCUUGGUUGGAGAAACCCUUAACUUGGAAUGCAAAGGGCAGACGUACUGGAAUGGACGGUUACAGUUUCUAUGGAAAUUUCCAGGAAAAAGGGAACUAACAGCAGGAAAGAAUUUUGACCAGAGUGUCUCCAUGUACAAAUGCUCUAGUAAUGUGACUAUCACAAAUGUCACAAUGGAAGACAAAGGACAUUACAUAUGCAAAGUGUUCAAUAUGGGCGAAGGAGGUGUAGAAGUCAAUACUACGGUCACAAUACUCAAAGAAGCUUUCAUUAAUUUUGUCAAAAAGAGGCAAAACUUGUAUUAUGAGGCCAAUGCAGGACAAAAAGUACUGAAGCUGGCUUGGAAAGUUGAUGCUUUCCCUCCCCCUGAUGUGACUUGGUACAAAGAUGGGCAGCUGCUCAAGGCCAAUGACUGCUAUGACUUAGAUCCUGAGAGGUACAGGAUCGUCAUCAGGGAUGUGAGACCGAAGCAUGCUGGGAACUUCACCCUGUAUUUGAGCAACCCCAAGCAUGGUCUCUAUAAAAAUCUCACCAUCCAACUUGUUGUCCUUGAGAAACCUCACAUUUAUGAAAAAGAGAUUGAUUUUUCCAAUACUGAGCUGGUCACUAAAGGAAGAGAGCACAGCCUUCAAUGCACAGCAAGUGGAUGGCCUCUGCCCUCCAUACACUGGGAAUGGGAGCCCUGCAACCAUGCAGACAACCAGUGCAACCAACGUGGAGAAAGAAUCAAAGUUCAGAAAACUGUCAGGCAUGAAACUCCCUAUUUAGCCAACAGGAUCAAGGACAUCAAAAAUAUGCAGUUUACUCAUGGCAAUAUGUUAAAGGUUUUAAGCACUUUGACCAUGACAUCAAGCAACAUCUCCGGAAUCUAUUACUGUGUGGCUACCAACAAGCUGAAGUCCGAAGUGAGGAGCAUCAGGUUCUAUAUCACAGACAUGCAAUCCAGCCUGGAAGCAGACUCCCAAAUGACAGCUAUUGUGACCAGCCACAUCCAGAUGACCUGCAAGUGCUCCAAGUACCUUUAUGAUCACCUCACCUGGUACGACCCCACCUUGCAGGAAGUCCCCACAGCUCUCACCCAGAAGAAGGUGGACAACUAUUCCAUCUCCUUAGUGCUGGACAUCCAUAAUGUCUCCCAGGCUCAUGCAGGACUUUACAAGUGCCGAGCGUCAAGCUACCACAAUCGCACCAAGCAGCUGGAGAAAAGUACCAUGCUGAGCAUAAAAUUUAAGACAGUUCCUUACAUUAUGGAGAACUUUACUGACUUGGAGGUUAAUGUGAGUGGCACCAUUGUUCUGGAGUGCAAAGUCAAUGGGAUCCCAAAACCUGAUAUUGCUUGGCUGAAAAAUGGCCACCGCAUUGCCCCUGCUUCAGGAAUUUCCAUGGAAAACAACACUUUGGUGAUUGAACGAGUGAAAAAGGAUGAUGAGGGUCAGUAUGAAUGCCAAGCGAUCAACGAGAUGGGUCAAGACAGUACCCGGGCGUUUAUUAAAAUAGAAGGCUCUGAAGAAAAAUCCAACAUAGAAGUUAUCAUCUUGGUUUGCACUGGUUUAGCAGCCACUCUCUUUUGGCUCCUUCUGACCCUCUUCAUCCGGAAACUCAGAAAACCGGAUGCCACCGAUAUUAAAACUGGAUAUUUGUCCAUCAUAAUGGACCCAGAGGAGAUGCCCCUGGAUGAGCAGUGCGAACGUCUUCCUUACGACAGCAACAAAUGGGAGUUUCCAAGGGAUCGGCUGCGGCUGGGUAAAACUCUGGGUCAUGGUGCUUUUGGCAAAGUGGUGGAAGCAUCUGCUUUUGGCAUAGAUAAAUCUUCAACCUGCAAAACAGUGGCUGUUAAAAUGCUUAAAGCAGAGUGUGCAACGUCUAAUGAGUGCAAGGCUCUGAUGUCAGAACUGAAGAUCCUGAUCCAUAUUGGACAUCAUCUAAAUGUGGUCAACCUACUGGGGGCUUGUACCAAGCCUGGAGGUCCUCUGAUGGUCAUUGUAGAAUAUUGCAAGUAUGGAAAUCUCUCUAAUUAUCUGCGGGGAAAACGAGGUGAUUUCAUUGUAUGCAAGCCACCAGGAAAUUCAGACUGCUCAGAGAAAGGAUUGACGGACUCUAUCAGUGACUUAACAGAGCUAAUUAAGAGGCGUCUUGAAAGUGUGGCCAGCACCGGUAGCUCUGCUAGCUCCGGAUUCAUUGAAGACAAGAGUUACACAGAUUCUGAUUCAGAGGAAGAAGACGCUGAAGAUCUUUAUAAGCGACCUCUGACUUUGGAGGACCUGAUUUGCUACAGCUUCCAGGUAGCUAAAGGAAUGGAGUUCCUGGCCUCAAGAAAAUGCAUUCAUAGAGAUUUGGCAGCCAGGAACAUUCUUCUUUCUCAAAACAAUGUGGUGAAGAUUUGUGAUUUUGGAUUGGCCAGAGACAUAUACAAAGAUCCCGAUUAUGUGCGGAAAGGAGAUGCCAGGCUGCCCCUGAAAUGGAUGGCUCCAGAAGCAAUUUUUGACAAAAUCUACACAACUCAGAGUGAUGUCUGGUCCUUCGGUGUGCUGCUUUGGGAAAUAUUUUCCCUAGGGGCUUCUCCAUAUCCAGGGGUCCAGAUUGAUGAGGACUUUUGUCGACGUCUCAAAGAAGGAACCCGGAUGAGGUCUCCAGAGUACUCCACUUCAGAAAUCUACCAGACCAUGCUGGACUGCUGGCACAGCAUCCCAACAGAGAGGCCCACUUUUACCAACCUUGUGGAACGUUUAGGGGAUCUGCUCCAGGCAAAUGUACAGCAGGAUGGGAAAGACUAUAUCCCACUGAACAUCACCUUGUGUCCUGAAGGAGAGUCCAACCCCAAGCUCUGCAUCUUGGAAGAAAACGUGAGCAACUUCAUUCACCGCUGGAGUGCUAUAGAAGCAAGCAUUAACUCCAAGAACCGGCCACUCAGUGUGAAGACCUUUGAUGAGGUGCCUGUAGAGAAGGAGAAAAUGAUACAUGAGGACGGUGAGUCGGACAGUGGGAUGGUGUUGACCCUGGAUGAAAUCAAGAGCCGGAAGAGGCUGGAGAUCCGAUCCUGGCCCUAUGGAAUCAUGGCUCUUGCGAGGAAAGCAAUCAACAAAAACAAGGAAUCUGUGUUCAGCGAGCCCGAGCGAGAGUCCGUGAAGUUCCGCCCAAGCGUUCCAGUGGAGGAUGACCUGAUGGAAGACUCCAUUCUCCUGCCGAUGGAAGCCAGCUUGGAAUGUCACAGCCCACCUCCUGAUUAUAACUCUGUGAUCCAAUACUCGGCUCCUCCCGUGUAGCCAUCCAGCCCUGGGGGGACUGCCAGGUUUUGCCUCUCUGACCAUGCAGAGUUCCAAGCCAGUGCCUGGCCUUCUUCUUGCUUAAGAGAAAUCCCAUCCUAAGGGGAGAAGCCAGACCUGGAAGCCCCAGUGUGCAAGGGCAAGUGGGAAUUCUUUUAAGAGCCUCUCAAGCUCUCUGGCUUUUCUUUCUUUACCUUCUCCAAGCAUUGAUGUUUUCUGAAUGCCGCGGUUGUUGCAGUCAACCUUUUAUUCGGUGGGGUUUGCUCUCUUAAAGCUCUGGACUGCACACCAAUUCCCCCCCCCCUUUUUUUGUCCCUGUUAAAAGUUGCUAGGGAAAUUCCAUUCUAAACACUGAGGUUGUUAUCCAGGGAUAAUUAUCCUCCAUAUUUUAUGUAUAGAGAUCAAAACCUAGCCUGGAACUCAGAUUUAUGGCAGAACCUAAAGCAAUCUGCCAGGACAGACCUACUGAGACAUGCACAGAGACUCCCUCAAACUGCAAGUUAUAUUUAGCUGCAACCAACUUGCAGAGCGAGGCUGAGAAAGAUUCCAUGUACCGUAUAUACUCGAGUAUAAGCCGAGUUUUUCAGCCCACUUUUUGGGCUGAAAAAAGCCGCCUCGGCUU